AUGGCGAGACUCACGGGGUCCUGGAAGACCCUGUUGCCCCUUGCGCUUCUGGGAGGACAGGGUUUUGCGCAAUCAUGUCUUGAUGCCAUCAACGACGGCCAGGUCGACGCCUGUGUAUGCAACGAGCUCGAAUACGUCGUCAGCUACGUCGCCUACGUGGCGCUCUCGACAUCGCUUACAUCCAACUGCGAAGCGCUACCGACUUCGACACUGAAGAUAUCCACAUCUUCAUACACUUCAGUAUCGGAUCCCUCAGGGAACUCAUCAUCGGACGCAUAUGGGAAUGGAGGGACUUAUACGGAUAGGGGCAGCUUCGCUCAGGCGACUGCUGGGGGCAAUUUCCUGCCCAGGAGACAACUUCCGUCUGGCGCGUCGUCUUUCGAUUUCCGACUACCGUACUACACGAUAACGAGGUCCGGAACAGCUUCGGCAACCCCGAUUACGGUGUCGAGCUUCAACAACUUCACGAGCCUUUUCACAUCAAACCCUAUCUCGACGGCCCAGACUCUGGUAGUAUCGACGCCAACCGCAGCCGCCUCCGAUGACCGAUCACUCGCCCGCGGCACAAUCUGGGUUGCCAUUCCGGAUGGCAGGAUUGACUAUCCACCUCCUGUAACAUCGACGGUGUACUGGAGUGGGAAUGGCUCGCUUUCUGCUCCGUCAACGAUCUCGACAAUCCCGCCAAAGGCCGAGACUUAUAUCGUUGCCAUUAACAGACCGGCCGACGCCUCUGCACAGAGCGACGUCCCUGCACAAAGUGACACCCCGUCGCAGAGUGAUCCUCUCCCGCAAAGCAAUGUUCCACAGAGCAAUGCUCCCGCGCAGAGCAAUGCCCCUCAGAGCAAUGUCCCGCAGACUGAUGCUCCCGCGCAGAGCAAUGCUCCCACGCCUAGUGACGUUACCUUCCCGCAGAGCUACGAUCCUGCGCAGAGCGACAGCCCCUUACCGCAGAGCAAUGCGCCCGCGCCGACCGACCCGAGACCUUUCGUCACAUCGGUUGUUCAGUACUCCGGCUCUGCCUCAGUCAACGGCCCGACGACAGUUAGCAUCAUUUCCCCGGACGGUGAUCAGGCUGGAACAGUUGUGGUGGCAGUGCCCCCGAUUGCUUCCGCCGGAGGAGGCUCACCUCCUUCAUUCAUCACGUCCGUGGUGCCGAACCAGUCGCCGUCUGAACCUGGCCCGGGAGGAGAUGGCGUCAGUCAGCCCCUUUUCAACAUUGGAACCGAGGGUUUGGUGGCUUCUCAGGUCACAACUGAGAUUGAGUAUACAGACUCCUUGGCUGCGACCGUGACCGUGACUAGGACGCUUGAUGCGUUUGUUGCGACUCCCAGCGGAACCCAGCCUGGUACAGUCUUUGUCAUUCAAGCGCCCUCAAACGCUGCCAACCCAGGUGCGGGAAGCACAGCGGGCACUGGUCCUGAUGGUCAGCCCCUUGAAGCCUCUUUUGCACCUGGUUCAGGAGCAACGGCGAACCCGAACCCAGGAAGCCCUGCUGCUAGCAACGAUCCUGUACGCGGGCCUGAUGGAACUGGUGCGCCGGGCCCGAACGCGACCGGAGGCAGCGGAGCGGGUCAGAACCCCGGACAAUCUGGAUUGCCGCCAUCCGGCCCCCAAGCUUCCCCCGCGGCUACGCCCGGCGGAUCAUCUCCGGGAGGCCCUGGUGAUGUGGUUCAACCCGGUCUCUAUGUGACCUCUGAGAUCCAGUACACGGGAACUCUUCAACUCCCAGGACGUGUGACAAUCUCUUCGAUUGCCCCGCAAGGCACAGCUCUGGGUACGAUCAUCGUCGCUGUUCCUCCCGGCCAGGCUUCAGCCGGUGGCUCUGCCGGUCCUUCGAAUGGUGCUCUCCCGAACAACCAGUCACCGGCUGGUCAGCCAAACAACGCAGACCCAACAGCCUUCUUCAACACUUUGGCAGCACCUGGCGCGACAGCUGCUACUGGAGCUGGAAAUGCUGGUUCGGGAGCAUCAGCUCCUGUCAACGGCGGAACUCCUGGUGCUCCAGCAGCAACCGAACCUGCAACUGGACAGCCGCUGACAAACCCCGAUGUCUUGUCCGCGGCAGCCUACAUCACAUCAACCGUCACUUCCCCUGGUCUUAGUGUUCCGAGAACUACCAUCGCGACUAUUGCGCCUCAGGACUCCCGACCGGGAGUGUUCGUUGUUGCGGUCCCGAAUAACCCAGUCAGCUCUGGAGGCUCAGUCGUACCCCAGUCUAAUGCCCCUGGUGCGCAAGCCCCUGGACAAACUGUUCUGCCUCAGACCAUUCAGCCCCAAGGGGCUGCCUCAUCAGCUGGAGCUCAGUCGAACGUUCCCGGGGCUCAGUCCAACGUUCCUGGGGCCCAAUCCAAUGUUCCUGGAGCCCAGUCUAAUGUUCCCGGUACACAAGCUCCUGGAGUAACCGUUCAGCCUCAAAGCAUUCAGCCUCAAGGAGCUGCUUCUUCAGCUGCGCAGGGCAGUGGACCAGGACAAGCUGCGUCUCAGGGCGGUGUCAAUCCCGGUGCGACAGCAGCGACUCCGGGUGCCAACACCGUCCCGGGAGCCGGAGAUCCCUUGGCUCAGGGAAUUGUUACUGUCACCUCGACUGUCUUGUUUACGGGGCCGGGUCAGAUUACUGCCCCGACAGCAAUCUCUACGAUUCCAGCCAACGGUAAUAGCCCGCCGACUGUUAUUCAGGCAAUUCCUGAUCUCUUCGUAACUGUCACCAUCACCGUUACUGCAGCGGACCCGACUCUUCAGCCGACGGCUUUCUCUACGGUGCAACCAACAGGAAACACUCCGGGUACAGUCCUCGUAGCAGCGCCCGCCUCAUUUGUCACAUCACGAGUGCUCUUCACCGGCCCUGGUUCGAUCUCAGCGGCCACCCCGAUUUCGACGAUCUUGCCUCAAGGGACUACGCCAGGAACAAUCAUCUUGGCGCAACCCUUCGUGAGCGUCACAUCAACCAGGCCUGGCAGCACUGCUGGAACCGGACCAGCGGGCACGGUAACAGUCGUGACUACGAUCUUCCCGUCCAACGGCCCUGCAACGGUCGUCUUUGCUGGGCCCGAUCCGACGGCUCCCCUCUUCGGCUCCUUCGUGACAUCUGUUGCGAGUGCCGCGAGCAACAUUGCGCCUUCCGCUCUUGUUCCGGUGUCUACUGUCUUGCCACAAGGUUCAGUUCCCGGAACGAUCGUGUUGGGACAAUCCGCCGCGCAGACACAGCCUGCUCCAGCUAGCAGCGGAGGCGCAUCGCCUGCUAACACCCCAGCAGGUGCAGGAACCUCACCAACGGCGUUGGCCAACUCCAUCGCUAAUGGUCAGUCCUCGCCUGCUGCUGGUGUUUCUCAAGCGGUGUCGUCGCCUGCUGGCGCUGCGACAUCGCCACCGGCUUUGGCCAAUUCCAUUGCUAGUGGCCAGUCCUCGCCUGCCGCUGCUGCUUCGCAAGCUGUGCCAUCAUCAUCUGCUCCGGGUAUCCCGUUCACGGGGGCACAAGCUGCCUCACCGGGGGCCUCUGCCGCAAGCUCGCAAGUGCCUUUGGACAACUCUCUCGGAAUAACUGGACCGACAACUCUUGCCACUGCUAACGUGGACCCCAACGAUCCUAACGGUACUCGAGGUGGUAGAGGUCUCGUGACUCGUCUUAUCACCUCGGCUGGUGUCACUGGAUCCACGACUGUGUCUACCAUUGUUCCCACGGACCCGCUGCUGGCAAUCACAGUUGUGGUCAUUGUACCGGCGCUUCAGCAACCUGCAACAACUACUCCCGCUACUUCCAUUGAUCCCAACGAUCCUAACGGAACUCGUGGCGGUCGAGGUAUCACAACUCGCUUCAUUACCUCUUCAGGGGUCACCGGAACAACGACUGUCUCUACCAUCACUCCGUCGGAUCCGCUCCUGCAAAUCACGGUUGUGGUUAUUGUGCCAGCACUUCUGCAACCUGCGGCAACUACCCCGGCCAUUUCGUCCGCCGACACAGGUGUACAGGGGGCCUCGCAGACAUCUCCUGCUCCGGCCCAGUCGGCUACAUCGGUCCCAGCAGCUGUAUCAUCCUUGCUCGUGGACCCGGCGAUUCUAUCUUCAGCUAGCUCUGUCCUAGGUCAAUCGUUUGUUCCUACUCCGUCGAACUCGUCAUUGCCUCAGUCUUCUGCCGUGCCAUCUCCUGCGGCUCAGAGUUCCUCGGCUGGCCAGUCCAAUGUGCAGCAGCCAUCAAACACUCCCGCGGCUAGCUUGAGCGCUUCUCAACCCAUUUCAUCCCCUGUGGGAGGCACUCAAAUUGGCUCGUCUAACGCUGCGAGCAUCGCUCCUUCAAGCGAUCCUGCUCUUGGACAGUCCUUUGUAAGCUCGGCUGGAGUUGGAACUUCGUCAGUUGACCCAGCCGCUUCAUCGUCCGCAUCUGGGGGACCAGGAACCUUUGUUGCUAGCACCUCAGGUCCCAGCGGUGUUGUUUCUGCUACGCCAGGCGUUUCUCAAUCCGCAUCUGUUGACCCGCAAUCACUGGCAUCCUCGUCAGGAGCACAAGCCUCCGGAGGGCCUUCGUCAAGCGUUUUCUCGUCAGGGGCUAUUGGCUCUGUUUCGUUUUCGGGCUCUCCCCAAACCUCGACAGCAGCUCCUAUCGUCUCCUCGUCAACAUUCCUGACUACUUCAGGCGGCUCAACCUUCCUGACUACAGUGGUCCAGACUUCGAGUGAGAUUCCGGAAAGCCAAGCAUUCCAGUCAAGCGGCACUGCGGCGUCUAGCGCAAGUGAUCCCGCCUCUGGGUCGCAGUCUGCUACUGCGAGCAUCUCAGUCUCACAGUCUGAGCUCGCUUCGUCCUCCGGUACUGCCCAAGCAUCUUCGAGCAUUGGUUCCAUCUCUUCGGACCCGGCCGUCUCCAGUCAAUCUGCGGCAGAAAACCUGAGCUCCUCCGUGUCGAUCUCAGACUUUGAUAUCUUCAGCUCGUCCUCAGCGCAAAGCCAGGCUAGCUCCGUGUCUGACCCGGCUGCCUCUAGCGGAACGCUUACUCAAUCUUCCGCUGCUCUGAGCGACAUUCCAUCAUUUGCGACCAUCUCUCAGAGUGCCAGCCCUGCUUCGUCAACAGGCCUUUUGACGUCCUCCGCUGAAACUCAGUCUGGCUUGACCUCCAGCUCUGAGGCACUUGGAGCUUCGUUGAUCUCUACGACUUUGACUUCCCUCAUUACAUCAGACGGAAUCACUUCGGUUUCAACCACUGUCCUUACGACGGCGAUUAGUGCUUCCCAGCCUACUGAGACAGCAUCAGGCAACACCGUUUCCCCCAGUGCCUCCUCGGCUCUGAGCUCAACAGACCCAGACUUUGCAUCGCUCACGUUGUCUACCGCCAGUUCUGACCCUGCGACUAGCAACUCGGCCACAGAUGCUUCAGCGUCCUUGAGCGCGUCCACGGAGGCGAGCAGCGCUAGCUUUGAAACGUCAGCUUCUGAUGCUUCCUCGUUCACGUUGUCCGACAUUACCUCUGCUUCCCUCAGUAGUGAGGCCACUAUUUCUGGCAGCACGGUUUCGGCCUCGGCCUCUGAUACAGACACUGCCCUGUCGAAUGUCUUCAGCAGCGCUUCGUCUUCGGAAUCUGUGGUUAUCACCGCAAGCACCGACUCUGCGGGCUCGUCAGCCACAACUUUCAGCUACACAGUCACCCCUGAGAGUAUCACCACGGACUCGGCGUCGACCCUGUCUUCAGCCUUCUCUGAUUCGAGCUCAUUCAGCAGUGUCAGCGCCAGCGAGACAAACAGCGCAAGCACGACUGAUACUUUCAGCGAUGUCUUCCAAUCCACGGCCAGCACAGAUUCGGCCUCCUCGGAGAGUACCGGUUCCGCUAGUGAAAGCUUCACCAGCUUCGCUACAUCUUCUGAUGCGGCCAGUGCUACCAGCAACAGCGCUUUCACAUCCGACCUUACGUCUUCAUUUGGAUCAACGUCAGUGGAGGAGGCUUCGUUCAUCACAACAAGCGACGGGACCUCGACCUUCGUGACUUCGGUCUCGGUCUCAAGCCCCACGACUCAGUCAUUCUCGGAUGAGACAUCAAGCGCUUUCUCAACCGAGUCAUCAAUCUCGGCGUCAGACCUGACCUCAUCCGCGUUCACCACCGACUCGGCCUCCACUAACUCUGUGUCUGAUCCUACUUCUGGCUCUUUCAGCUCCGAGUUCUCCUCAAUCACCCCGACAACGUUGUCUUCUAUCUCGGGCGAGUCCGCAUCUUCCGUCUCAGUCUCCGACUCUUCGGCACUUGGCCAAUCCCUGGUGUCCACGUCGAGUGAUGAGACGGGCUCGGCAACUCAGUCCACGGCACAGACCUCGGCAUCUUUCACCUUGCCGACGCUGACGUCCGUCACAGACUCGGCGUCUCUCUCCGAGUCCGACACGGCCUCCAGCUUCGUGACGCCCACGAUCUCGUCAGAGAGCACCAUCAGCACCGACUCAGAUUCGUUCAUCAGCACCACAUCGGGACUGUCCACCACCGAUAGUUUCUCGACUGAGUCGGCCUUGUCGACUGAUAGCUUCUCAACCGGAUCGGCCCUUACUUUUCAGUCUGGGUCUGUUUCAUCCGCAAGUGAGUCCGGGUCGACUUCGCUGGACCUUGACACGUUGAUUAGCACGACGAAUUCCGGUGAGUCGACGAUCUCUAGCGGCACAGAGACGCUAUCGACCUUGAGCUCCGCUUUUACGACGGAGUCUACGGAUUCGGCCUUCUCUAGCAGCACAGAAUCGGUCUCUGGAGUCACCCCGGAUCUCACAACGGCAUCGACUGAGUCUGGUCUGUCAACAGCAUCAACUGAGUCCGGGUUCUCAACAGCCUCAACGGAAUCUGGUUUCUCGACUGCUUCAACUGAAUCGGGAGCUUCGCAGACCUCCACAGUCUCAGAUCCCACCAUAACCAUCAGCUUCAUCACAUCAUUGGAGACUACCGACUCCGCAGGCUUCCAGUCUUUCACGACCUUCACCACCAGUUCAGAAGUGAGCGUCUCGGCGGACUCAUCCGCGGCGACGCUUUCGAGUGACACUGAAAGCACAUCUUUCACGUCGUUCUCUUCCGCCUCUGAAACUGACUCCGUCACCUCUCUCUCGUCCGACAGCGCGCUAAGCUCCUUCACAGACAGCAGCUCGUUCUCGGUGGAGACCACCUCUGGCAACACUGUGUCCAGUGAAAGCAUCUCCAGCGACACGGCUUCCACCCAAUCUGCCGUUUCGACAGGAAGCACUUCAUCUGAUUCUCUCCAGGACAGAUCUCUGGAGUCAACAUCCACGGACAGCGGUACCGAGUCGACUCUGUCUAUUUCAACCGCAUCUGGUGAGAGUUCAAUCAGCUCGAGCGAUGCUACCACGACAUCAGGAUUCACAUCUAGUGAGACUGAGUCUUUCUCCACUCUGCCUAGUGCUUCCCCAGGCGCCACCACGAGUCUCUCGUCAGUUGAGACGGGCACCACCUCCAGCUUCUCUGCAUCCGAGUCGGACAUCACUUCAACCAGCCUGGACCCAUCGACCGGUUCUACCACGCUGGCAAGCGAGACUAUCAGUUCCGCAACCAGCCUGGAGUUUGAUGGUCUGUCGUCUUCGACCGACUCUUUGUCUACUGGCUUUGUGAGCAGUGGCGAUAGCACGAUCUCCUCGUUUACAGACUCGGCCUCAGCCGAUACCUCGUUCAGCUUGACAACAUCGACUUUCGAGUCUUCAGGGUCCUUGACUGAGUCGGUCUUCACUCUUACCCCUAGCACAACGAGCAACUCCUUCAGCUCGGAGUCAAUCGCCUCUGAGUCGAGUGAGAGCUUGACUAGCGACAGCGCUUCAAUCACCGGUACCUCGGCGUCAUUGACUGCCUCAAGUGAGACCGAUACUACACUGUUUGACAGCUUCUCCCCGACCUCGACGGUCUCUGGAGAGAGCACGGCUUCCUCUGGAGACAGCACCUCGACUGAGAGCUUCUCAACAGAGAAUGCGUCGACGGAUAGUAUCUCGACGGCUAGCAUCUCAACCGACAGCAUUUCCACCGAUAGCGCUUCGACUGCUAGUAUUUCUACCGAUUCUAUCUCAACAGACAGCAUCUCGACCGCUAGCAUUUCGACGGAUUCUAUCACAACCGAUAGUGCUUCAACUGACAGCUUCUCAACCGCCAGCGUUUCCACCGAUUCCAUCUCCACCGACAGUGUUGCUACGGACAGUCUCACGACCGCGAGUGCAUCGACGGAUAGCAUAUCUUCUGACACUAUCACAGCUAGCGCCACCUUCUCAACUGACACUGCUUCCACCGAUAGCGCCUCUACGGACAGCGCCUCCACGGAUAGCAUCGACCCCCAGAGCCUUAUUUCCACCGAGUCUGCUUCUUCCGACAGCAGCGCAACUGGCUUGACAACUCUCAGCGAUGCUACUAGCACGACAGACUUCAGCGCGUCUCUCUCAACGGACUCCGUGACGAGCGCGUCGGACACCAGCGGUCUGACCACCGGAACUGAGUCGACAGACUCAGUAACGACUGCAUCGGAGACCAGCGCGUUUACCACUGGAACCGAAUCGACAGACUCGGUAACAAGCGCCUCAGAUACCGCCAGCGGACUCACUACUGGCACCGAGUCGACAGACUCGAUUACGACCGCAUCAGAAACCAGCGCUCUUACCACUGAAACUGCGUCUACUGACUCUCUUUCUUCCUUGAGCACGGCUACAAGUGACUCCAGCCAGUCAGUCGAGAGUCAGAUUUUCCAGACCGUAUCCUCUGAUAGCACCGCGUCGGCGUCGACCGCGACAGAGUCGGCUCUGUCUGACAUCACAGCAUCGGAGAGCACGGCGUCAGAAAGCACAGCAACUGACAGCGCCUCGACUCAGAGCACUUUCUCCGACAGCAUUACGACCGACAGCACCGCAACGGAUAGCACUGCUACGGAGAGCAUCACUUCUCAGAGCACAGCAUCAGACAGCGCCAUUACUCAGAGUUUGUCGACUGAGAGCACCGGCACAGACAGCACAGCCAGCGAGACUGGAGCCACCUCUAGCAGCGAGACUGUGUUGACUGAUGCUUUCACAACUGAGAGCACGGCUACCGAUAGCAUCUCAACUUUGAGCACGGAAACUCAGAGCACAGCUACCGACAUUUCGGCAACCGACAGCAUCUCGACCCAGAGCACCGCCUCAGAUAGCACGGCUACCGACAGCUCCGCAACUGACAUUUCAACACAGAGCACUGCUACAGAGAGCACCGCGACCGAGUCCGGAGCUUCCACUAGUAGCGAGUCAGUUCUGACUGAUUCUCUUAUCACUUCAGCAACCGACAGCAUCUCGACCCAGAGCACGGGAUCGGAUAGCACAGCAACUGAGACUGGAAUGUCCUCCAGCAGCGAGUCGGUUUUGACGGAUUCCCUCAUCACUUCGGCGACCGACAGCAUCUCAUCGCAGAGCACUGUUACAGAUAGUACUGCUUCCGAGACAGGAGCCUCUACCACUAGCGAGUCUGUUCUCACUGAUGCCUUCACUACUUCAGCAAGUGAGAGUACGGCCAGUGACAGCACGGCAAGUGAUAGCACGGCAUCAGGAAUCACAGCAACGGACAGCACCGCAAGUGAGACUGGAGCAUCGUCGAGCAGUGAGACUGUUCUCAGUGACGCCUUCACCACCUCAACUCAGGAUUCGACAUCCUUGUCCGAGAGCAUCAGUGCUACGGUUGUCACUUCCGAUGGUAUUACAACCACGCUGUCAGACCUCACCACUGCCUCCACAGACAGUGCCGCGUCAGACAGUUCCUUGUCGACAGCUACCGACGCUUCUCAGACGGGCUCAGACAUCUCCACCGCUAGCGAGACUACUGCAUCUGGAGCCACGCCCUCAGACGCCACGGCCACAUCAUCGGGAGACAUUCUCUCUGAUCUUCUGUCGCUCAGCUCCACUGAUUCCGCAUCCUCAGCCAGCACUGCGUCAAUCACAGAUGGGGAGUCAACAACUCAGCCGACCAUCAGCACUACGGAAUCCGACUUCACAGCAUCGUCCACAGGAAUCACAUCAUCCAACGACCUUUCCAGCGCCUCAACUGAUUCAUCGACUGGGGUGACCUCGGCCGUCUCAACAGACUCAGAAAUAGCGACUGCAUCGGACGCUAGUAUCUCAUCUUCAGAGACUGCCUUGUCGAACGCAUUCUCGUCUCCUACAAGCGACUCCGCGACUGCUUCCUCAACGGAGGAUACCUCUUCGGCAUUCACAGGAACGACAUUGUCAGACGGCCUUUCAAUCACUGCCACUGAUUCGACGACCCAGGUUAGCACAACUGCCUCUUCCGACGGAGAGACAGCCACCGCCUCGGAUGCCAGCAUCUCCUCGUCCGACACUGUCUUGUCAGAUGGGUUCUCUUCGACUACAGGUGAUGCAUCGACUGCGUCUGAUGCCUCUUCGACAGCGACGGAUCCAACGGGUGAGAGCACUACUCUUUCUGACACGCUCAUCACCAGCGCCCCUUCAACUUCGGAUACAGCAACCGCCAGCACUGCCGCCUCCUCGGACGACACAAGCGUGCUAUCGGAUGUGGUAUCGUCCACUGACAGUCUGACGACGGAUGGCGCAAGCUCGACGGAAGCCUCAGCGUCUUCCACGGACACCAUCACUUCCGCCGAUGCUACGGCAACGGACAGCUCUCGUGUGCUAUCGGAUCCGACAGCCUCAUCUGACACUCUGACUUCAGCUUCAGCCACCUCCUCAGAUGACGCUCUAUCCAACAUCUUGUCAUCUACUGACGCUACUGCCACGUCGGACAGUAGCGCAUCAGACACUGCCUCGGCGUCUGAUACCGGCAUCACCAGUUCGGCAUCUCUCUCUGAGACGGACUCAGCUUCCAUCACAUCGGACGCUUCCAGCGUUACUUCUCUGGACUCUGAACUCUCAACGCAAGCCACCUCCACGGACUCGAUCACUGGAUUGUCCACCGACUCGGCUAGUGAAACAUCUGCCACUGGAGCCACGUCCAUCACCGAUCCUGCAUCGUCUGCUACCGGCGAACUUUCUAUCGACCCUGAUCUGCUCACUCAGGACAGCUCUACGGAUUCACUCACGGCAUCUACGACCGAUUCAGCUAGUGACACAGCAUCAACCGAUGUUUCAUCUGCCACUGACAUCACGUCUGCGACCGACAUCACGUCUGCCACCGACACUGCAUCUUCCGCAACUGGCAGCAUUUCCGUGGAUCCUGAUUUCCAGAGCCUCACCUCAACUGAAGGAGCGACAUCCUCUGAGAGCGGCUCGACAGCCGACCCGACCUCCUCCGCAUCUCUUACCGACAGUGCCAUCUCCGCCAGCAGCACGUCGGAGACUGAUAGUCUCUCGACUCAAGCGAGUACAACGGAUGAUUCUCAGUCAUUGACUAGCGCUUUGAGCGAUGCUCUUACAUCGCUGGAGUCAACGGCAUCAGUGUCAGCCAGCGGAACAGAUUCAGCGAGCGCGACGGACCCUGCGACCGCAACGGACUCAGCCAGUGCAACUGACCCAGCCAGCGCAACGGACUCAGACACCGCCUUGCCAGCCAGCUUGACCUCGAGUGACGCAGCUUCAGCCACGAGCUCAUCAGGCGAAAGCUCCACAGAUAUCUCAGCCUCAACUACUGAAACUCCAUCGGAAUCGUUGACAACUUCUGGAGAUGCUAGCAGCUCCCUGGACACGGCAUCGGCUACGGGAACCGCCUCAGCGACGAGCUCCGCUGACGAGGACAUUCUGUCCUCACUUCUCAGCUCAACAGCAUCUGACUCAAUCACAUCGUCAGACGCAGGAGCCUCAGCUACGACAGGUAGCACAGCAUCCCUGACGACCGCUGAAUCUUCCAACGAUUUGUCGUCCGUUCUGAGCUCCACCUCUUCGCCCACCGCCUCUCUUCCCGUUGACACCCAGAUUCUGGAGAGUACCACGUCCUCUUCCACCACCGAUUUGGCAUCCUCGGAGAGCGCAGCCGCAUCUUCAGCUAGCUCUGCAGCCAGCGAGGCUUCCUCAUCUCAGGCACAGUCGGCCUCCAGCUCCCAGGGCGCCAGCAGUAUCGCUUCUUCAGCCGCCACGAGCGGUGCAUCAGCUACAACUGCGCUCUUCGACACGAUCUCGAUUCCUUACACUGGAUCAAUCGGCGCUUCUGGUACUAUCCCACUUACCACCUUCCUACCGACAGGUACAGGACGUGGAACAGUCGUCGUGGGCACGAACCCUGCAGCCUUCGUGACGUCCACCGUCAGCGGCGCCACAUCGUUAAAUGGAGCGGUGGAGAUCGCAAGUCUCGUCACGGUCUCGACGAUUCCCCCUAUUGGAACCUUGCCUGGAGUCUUCAUCGUGUCGCCUGUUCUUAGAGCACGCUUCCUGACCACGACGGUUCGGUACACGCCUACUGCAGGAGAGCAGAUCACCGCACCAACAGUCCUGACAUCGCUUGAUCCCUCAGGAACUGCUCCGGGAAUUAUUGUCAUUGCCGCCCCUGAGUCAUUCUUCUCAACGACGGACGCGGCUACAUCGGCUGCCACAACAGAUCCAUCAGUCAGUGACGCCAGCACCGACGCAUCAGCGUUGCCCUCGUCACUGCCUGCGACACCCAGUCAGACGGCAUCAACCUCACUGGAUUUGGACAUUCUUUCCUCAACUUCUGCUGACUCGCCAACCUCUGCCUCGGCCUCGGAAGACCCAACGGCUACCUUCUCAGGCUCAGCUGGCGAGAGCUCGCUCGUCGCUACACCGACAUCGGAUGCCACGGGAACUAGCUCCGAUCCUUCUUCAGCCACAGCUUCUGGAGACGCAACAUCCUCGGACGCUCUACCCGCUAGUCUCACGAGCCUCUUGUCGUCUGCCACCGAUGUUGCCUCAGAGAGCCAGGCCACUACAGGCUCUGGCUCUUCAGUCGCUUCCCCUUCGGCUUCCAUCAGCUCGGAUGAUGACUUGACCUCCAGCACCGCCUUCUCUAGCGCUUCUAACGGGGCGACCGGAUCAUCUGUCAUAGCUAGCAGCUCAACAGACUCUGCCCUCGGUCAAGAGACCGUAAGCUCAUCUGCGGGCGCUACCACGUCCAACGAGGGUUCCUCGGCAGGCUUGACAAGCAACGUUUCACCGACAGCUUCCGUGUCCGGUGAUACCACUGAAGCCACGCCUGGUAGCACAUCUAUUCCCGAGACUUCGGCCGCAUCAACCGCCUCGGCCGGCGCUACGAGCGAGGCUUCUCAGGCAUCAAGCGGUAGCAGUGCCCAGGAUACCGCGGCUCAGUCAAGCAUCGAUCCUCUUGGUGCCACCCUGCUGCCAACGUCGUCUGGCGCAGCUUCAUCGUCAGUUGCUUCAGCAGACGCGUCCAGCACUUCGGCAGAGGUCACAAGCCAAGACACCGUCAGCUCUGCUGCAACCACUGCGGCCACGGGUGCGCAGUCCGCGAGCGCUUCAAGCGUUGUGGGAACCUCCACCGACGCCGCCGUCACCGCAAGCAGCGCACAGGAGACCUCCCAAACAGGCGCGGCCAGCUCUGCAGUCUCAUCGAGUGCAGCAGCUUCAUCUGCUUCAGAGAGCGCCGACGAUCAGAUCUUCAGCUCCACGGCCAUCUCAUCCGGCGGGCCCAUCUCUUCGACGGCAACUGUGGUGCCCACCUCCGCCUCGGCCGAUCCUCAAAGCCUUACAGCAUCCGCAAGUUCAUCCGAGGGCAGUCUCAUCCCGUCAAGCACGCAGGCCACUGUGGGCUCGGGUACGAGCACAUCGCCGGCCAUUGAGUCAACUAGCUCCCAGGAGUCUGCCAUUCAGUCCAGCUCAGCUGAGCCUACGGUCGCAUCUUCCCUUGGUGCUAGCUCCAGCGUGAUCCAGUCUCCAUCUUCGGAGAUUGCAAGCUCUUCAGCCGCGCUGUCCAGCGCAGCGGCAUUAUCUGCUCAGGCCAGCUCGUCCUCGAGCGAGCUCGUGGAGUCAAACAUCUUGGGCUCCUCGCAGCAGUCGACAGCCGUCGCUUCUACUUCAAGCAACGGUGCCAUCUCUGCGUCCAGCCCGGCGGCAUCUAUCGCUGAGCCAUCCGCUUCAGCUACAUCAGCUGCGGUCUCCUCAGCUAUUUCGUCAUCUAGCAUUCCGGCCUCCAGCAUUCCUGCUUCAGUCAGCUCCUCCGUCGUCGCCUCAUCUCCAGAGCUUGACACCAUUAUCCCCAGCUGCGUCAUCAAGCUCUCUGGCUGCGAGCUCCUCGGCAGCUACCUCUGCCCAGAGUUCUGCUGCUUCCAGCUUGGCUUCAUCAAACGCUGCGGUCUCCAGCUUCGCUAUCUCGAGCGCACCGGCUACGUCUUCAGAAACAGGCCUCGACAACAUCCUGUCCUCGUCAAGCUUGCUCGGGGCUUCAAGCUCCGCUGUUAUCUCUUCUGCACAGGCUUCCUCAUCACCUGCAGUUUCGGCCAGCGCAGCUCCCUCGGCCGUCUCUUCGGUCUUGUCUUCAGCUGCUUCUUCAGCCGCCUCUUCAGCAGCCGCAUCAGCUGCCUCGUCUGUCGCCUCGUCCAGCAUCGCAUCCAGCGACCCGGCAAGUGCUCAGGCAAGCAGCUCCGCUGCUGCCGCAUCGACAUCUUCUUCUGCGGCGGCUUCCUCUGCGGCAGCCUCCUCUGCGGCAUCAUCUGCACCCGCAAGCAGCGCAGCUGCCAGCUCAUCAGCCAUCUCUUCAGCUGCAUCGUCGGCCGCAUCUUCGGCCGCAGCCUCAGCCAGCAGCUCUGCUGCCAAUCCUUCAACUUCAUCAACCGCGGCCUCGCCAGUGGCCUCAUCCUCAUCACCAGCUGCACAAGCCAGCAGCGCGGCACCAAGCGCCUCGGCCAGCGCCUCUGCUGCCUCAUCAGCUGCUUCAGCAGCGGCCUUGACAACGUCUUGGCCAGUUCGACGACUUCUUCUGUCCGAUCAUCAUCUGCGCCUGCCUCGGCAGCGGCAUCUUCUUCAGCGCAGCCCCCUGCUGCCUCAAGCUCCGCUGCUGCAUCAUCCGCAGCAGCACCAGCAGCUUCAUCAUCCUCGGCGGUGCGGUCCUCCUCUGCAGCCGCAGCUCAAAGUAGCCCUGCAUCUCCGUCAGUCAACGCGGCCUACGUCACAUCGCAAGUGUUCAGCGCCGGUAUCACCGCCCCUACGACCAUAUUAACUGUCGCGCCGCAAGGAAGUGUCGCUGGUACAUACAUUGUCGCCCAGCCAGCGCUUUUCGUCACCUCCCAAGUGUUUAGUGCUGACAUCACCGCCCCUACGACCGUCGCAACUGUCGCGCCGCAAGGCACUGCUGCUGGUACAUAUGUUGUCGCCCAGCCUGCGCUCUUCGUUACAUCACAAUUGUUCAGCGCCGGUCUUACCGCCACCUCAACAAUCUCAACCAUCGCACCACAAGGCAGCGCUCCUGGCACUUACAUCGUGGCUCAGCCGGCGCUGUUCGUCACUUCCCAGGUGAUCAGUGCGGGCAUCACCGCCCCCACCACCAUCUCAACUAUUGCGCCGCAGGGUAGUGCUGCCGGUACGUAUGUCGUGGCCCAGCCCGCGUUGUUCGUCACUUCACAGGUUUUCAGCGCCGGUAUCACUGCUACCUCAACAAUCUCGACUGUUGCGCCACAGGGUACCGCUCCUGGCACUUAUAUCGUAGCCCAGCCUGCUCUCUUCGUCACGUCUCGGGUGAUCAGCGCUGGCAUCACCGCUCCCUCCACGAUCUCAACUAUCGCACCGCAGGGCAGUGCUGCUGGUACGUAUGUCGUAGUCCAGCCUGCGCUCUUCGUCACUUCUCAGGUUCUCUACACCGGAGGUGAUCCAGCUGUGACCGCUCCAACCGCGAUCUCGACGAUUGCACCAUCAGGAACGGCACCAGGUACUGUGAUCAUCGCCUCUCCUGGAUCUUACGUCACUUCACGAGUCCUGUACACUGGAACGAACACAGCAGUCACAGGACCAACUCGAAUCUCGACCAUUCUUCCGUCAGGAUCAGUGGCUGGAACAAUCAUUGAGGCCGAUCCCGCUUCGUACAUCACCACGACAGUACAGUACAGUGGUCCCAGCACUCUGAUUGGUCCCGUUGCAAUUUCCACCAUCGCCCCUACUGGAGUCGGCGCUCCUGGAACGAUCAUCGUUGCAACACCCGCAGCAGUCUUCGUAACCUCUCAGGUUGCCUACAGUGGCACAGCAGCUAUCACGGCUCCGACCACAAUCUCGACUAUUGCUCCGGUUGGCACCAAUGCAGGAACUUAUAUCGUGGCGAACCCGGCCCUUUUCGUCACUUCUCAGGUGGCGUAUAGUGGCACAGCUCCCAUCACAGCACCUACAACGAUAGCAACUAUUCCAGCAGUCGGCACAAAUCCAGGCACUUACAUCGUGGCGACCCAGGCAGCCCUUUUUGUCACCUCGCAGGUUGCGUAUAGUGGUACGGCAGCUAUUACAGCUCCAACCACGAUCUCGACAGUUGCUCCUGUUGGCACGAACGCAGGCACCUUCAUUGUCGCCAACCCGGCUCUCUUCGUUACUUCCCAGGUUGCCUACACAGGUACGGCUGCGAUCACAGCACCAACUACCAUCUCAACCAUCGCCCCUGUCGGUACGAACGCAGGCACUUACGUGGUUGCUGCUCGCUUCAUCACCUCUGCGGUGGUAUACAGCGGCUCAAGCUCGAUCACUGGCCCUGUCCCAGUCGCGACUGUCCAACCAAGUGGCACGGCUCCGGGAGUUGUCGUGGUUGCUUAUCCGGCUUUGUUCGUCACCUCGAAUCAGGCGUACUCAGGAACUAUUCCUAUCACCGGCCCAACAACUAUCACGACGAUUGCUCAGCAAGGUACUGUUCCAGGCACCGUGGUCGUGGCAACCCCGGCACAGCAGGCCUCUUACGUCACCUCAACCCUCUUCCUCACUGCAGCUAAUGCUGCCUCGACGACAAUCACGACAAUUGCACCAGCUGGUACGGCGCCUGGUACCGUUGUUGUCGGUCUUCCGGCUCUCUUCGUGACGGUCGUCGGCCCGUACAGUGGCACGGCUACGCCAACUGGCUUCACGACAGUUUCCAUUGUUCAGCCAUCAGGAACCGUGCCGGGCACUGUUGGCCAGCUCAACAGCAGCCGCAGUCGCUUCAUCCAGCAGUCUAUCAACCCUGGUAACCAGAGCUGUCACUUCUUCCUCGUCUCCAGCCGCGGCAGCUGUUUCUUCUUCCUCCUCUGCCGCUGCACAGGGUCAGUCAUUGGUAGCUUCAUCUUCAGCAGCUGCGGUCGCUUCGUCUUCGAGAUCGUCAACAAGCUCCGCCGCCGCGGCGACUGCAACUUCUUCAUCUGCAGCAGCAGCGGUGGCGUCGUCGUCCUCUUCGGCGCUAUCUGCAAGAGCUUUCAAAGCUCCAGUAGUGUGACCUUGUACUCUAUCAACCUUGCCAAUGGUGCUCAGACAGUAGUCACGAGCAACCUCGGCGGCGAUAACACUCGCAACAUCAACGCCCUUGGUUACAACUCUCGAGAGGAUUACAUGUACGCCAUCUCUCAGCCCAACUCUGGAACGAGCGACUACCGCCUCAUCCGUAUCCUUGGCAACGGCAACACGACAACGGUGACUACAUUUACUCAGGCUUCUAAGCUGUACCAGUCUCCCUUCAACGCCGGAGAUGUUGACCAAAAUGGUCAGUUCUGGAUUUCAACCAGCGGUAUCGACUGGUACCAGUACGACUUCUUGCCUGGUUCGGCCACGUACGGAAGACUGGUCGGAUCAGGACUGGUUGACGGCGGAGCCGAUGGGUACACCGUGGGAGACUGGAGUGUUGUUCCUGGAAGCGGAGGUGGAGAUCUUUGGACAAUUGGUGUCAAGAACUUCAACUGCGUCCUCAUGAGAUGGAGUCGCACCACUAAGGACUGGACCAUCGGACAGAGCCUGGGCGCUUUGACCGGAGUCACGUCCGGAACCGCACCAUUCUGGGGUGCUACCUACGCUACGACUGACGGAUACCUCUACGCCGUUGAGAACAACUCUGGACAGGUCUGGAGAAUCGACGUCGACGGAUCAUCUCCUCCGGUCCAACAGACGAGCGUGCCGUCUACGAGCAGGAAUGAUGGAGCCAGAUGUUUGGACUCGGGAAGUGUCUAA